GUGUUGUUUUUGCGACAUUAACCAGAUAAACACAACAUCACUUCCGGAAGCGUGGCAGAACUGGAGAAAUGGGGGCCAUGCUAUAUUUUGAAACCUUGACACUGAAAGUAGUAGUUCAGUGGACAGCCACACUCUUUACCUUUGUGGCCUUUCUAGCAGGAAUCCAUUCUGCACAUAAGAUAGUAAAGCAAGGUAACACACAUGAAGUGUCCCUGGUCCCCUACCUCUCUUUCUUUGUAGGAGCUGUGGUGUGGCUGAAGUAUGGGACCUUAAUCCAUGACCCCACAAUAAUCUUGGUUAAUAUAGUUGGACUUUGCUUCCAAACAGUUUACAUAUUUAUAUAUUAUAUAUAUAGUCUACAGAAGCACUUUAUUUACAAACAAUUUGCCUUUGCUGCUGCAGUAGUGGUCCCCACUCUAGUCUAUGCCAAAUACCUUGCCUCCAGUUUAGCCAAAGCCACACAAGUUGUGGGCUUGGUGGGCUGUAUGCUCUCUUUGUGUUCAUACUGCUCCCCACUUGCUACUUUGAGCACGGUAUACAUGCAGUUUGCAGCUGCCUUAGCAAUCAUACUGCCGAUGUUAGCUUACUGCCACUAUGUGGCGCCAACAACAGCAGUGGCUGCCAACGUUGUUGGUUUAAUUGGCAGCGGGUUGUCCAUAGCAACAUUUGCAUCCCCAUUAGCCACCUUGAGAACUGUGUUAAAAAAUAAAAGCACAGACUCCAUGUCUUUUCCUCUUGUAGCUGUCAACUUUCUAGUGGCCUUACAGUGGGCUUUGUAUGGUUAUUUAUUAAAAGAUAAAAACAUACUGAUUCCUAAUACUCUAGGCUGUGCAAUAGCUGGUGUACAAGUCUUACUAUUUGUUGUCUACCCACCCUGGAAAUCAAAGACGCACCAUGCUCCACUGCAUGGUCCAGUCAUUAAAACAUAAGGCCACCAGGGGGCAGCAAAGGUCACUCAAGGGUCAGAGGUUACCAGAAGGUCAGAGGAGGAGAGAAAAGUGAACUUUGUCAUGUGUUAUUAUACUUUUUUUAAUCAGGUGAUAUUUUAUGUUAUAUUAUUAUUUGGCAAACUUUUGCCAAAACCUGGAGAGAGUGAAGUUUGUUUGAGCCUUAGUAAGGUUAAAAUGACUUUUUUUUCAGUUUAGUAGACUUUUUUUCUGCAUUCUGUCAAGAAGAUAUUUGACAACCAGCACAAUGGACACGUGUCACAACUAUCACAAUAUUAUAACAUACAAAUUGACCUCUUCAAGAGUCUGCCGUAGGGGCCAGUGUAAUGAUAGAUUCAUUUCCAAAUAUUUUCAUUUUCUUAACAUUGAUUGAACCUACUUGCCAAAAGGGGUUGAUAGUUUGAUUAAUAAAGACCAGUCCAUGUACAGACAUCAGCUGCAUGCAAAGUAAUGUUCAGUGAAGCACUUGUUGGGAAAGAAAAAUUUUUGGAUGAAUGAGUAAUUAGUUAUAAAGCAGAAAAAAAGAGAAUGCUGUACAUACCAUGUGUUAUAUUUAUUUGCAUUGAAUUUGAAUUUCAAAGUGAUUUCAAAACACGGGGUUGCAAACAUCUUGAUGCUCAGACUUACAAGAUAUUUUUAGAAUACUGAACUUAAGAUUAUAGUCAAAUACUUUCACAUUUCUAGUCUCAAAGAUAUAUUGACUACUAUUAUUUAUUUAUGAGAUUAGAAACAACCACUCACGGCAUGCUUACAUUGGUAGAUUACUGCAAUGAACCAUGAAUAAUGGCUGAUGUUUUAUUAAAGACAGCAUUUAAAUAACAGUUUUUAUUUAUUGUGUGUAAAUUUGAUUUGUAUGCUUGAGAAAAUCAGUUUAAUUGGAUUGUUUUGUUUGUUAUCAAUUAAUAGAUGCUUUGUAUAUGAUCAUUAUUUGACAUUCCUAGAUGAACAUGAGGUAGUAUUAGUUUUCAUUGUAUUCAAGUCUUAUUUAACUCACAGGCUCAUUAUUUCUAAGCCUAAAUCUUAGAGGAAGACCCAGGGGUACAUGUGCAUGUACACCCACUCUCUGGAUGCCAUCAGACGAUGAUAGUGGUGCUGAACAUGUGUGUGCUGAGCUUGAAAUACAAUUUUUUUAAGGGGUGAAUCCUAAAAGCCUUAAGCUUAUUAUCAGUAGUGCCUGUAUCAGGCAUGAAUGUUUUAAAAAAUAUUAAACUAUGUAGUCAGGAUAUUUGUAAUAACAGUGUAGAAGGGACGUGAAGUGAAUCUCAAUGCUCAUACCAAUGCCAAUAUUAAUAA